GCUGAAGUUUAGUUUCGUCCGCUCGAGUGUAUCAAAAAGAAAAUUUAUUUACUUAAACUAAAGAAUCAGUAAGAUUCAGUCAUAAAAUUGGUGGCGAAGUAGUUUGAACGUUUUAUCAAAAGAAAAAAAUAUUUAGAAGUUUCCUAACACGCGUAAAUUUUUAAGGAGUGUAUCAGAAAAUUGAUUUUUCGUAAAUCUUUAAAUUGGUCUCAAUCUGUCGUCUGUAUAAAAAACAAGAAAUAAAACACCGGAUUUACAGUAAUUAUCAAAUUAAUAUUGCAAAAGUGCUUCAAAAUCUAAUAAGUGUUAAACAAGAGUGGAAAUAAACAACCGGGGAAGGAAAUCAAAAAUUUUAAAUUCACAUCAGAUCAUUCAUAUUAUAAAUCGGAAUUUAUCGCGAUUAUCUCGUAAAGUUAACAAAUCUGAUUUGCUAUUGAACUUGAAAUUAAGUGGAGUUUAAAUAAACAACAGCGGAGAAAGAAGAGACAACUAGUGUAAACAACUCAAGACAUAAAUAGUGCAUCUAAUUAUAGCAGCGACCACAUAAAAAACAAUCAAAUUCAUCUCAAAACGCGAAAAAUAAAAUCCCCAUAUGAGCGAUUGAGUUUUCAUCAAGUGGACUGUCUUUCCGAAAAAUCGAUGAAAAUUGGAAUCACAAAAAAUAUUUUAAAAAUAGAUCGAAAAUUGUAAACGAAAAUCAGCUGAAAGAAACCAAAGCAAUUCUAGUGUUUGAUCAACAAGUGGAAGACUUGAGUAUUAAAUGGACACAUUGCAAGUAUUUCAAGCGUCACAAUCAGGUGGCAGUCGACAUUCGUCGCGCACACCAUCGCCGUCUCGUUAUGAACAACAACAAAUGUCGAGAGACCGAGAAACAACAAACGACUCAACACCAGGAAUUACAUCAUCACAAAACAUUCGAUUCCGCAAUCAGAGUCCUUCGACAACAAAUCGACGAAGCAGAGAACGUGAAAGAAUUGACAGAGAUACAAACAAAGAGCAAAGUACUGAGAUGACUGCAGAUCAUAUCGAUUUGUAUCAUGAUGAAACGAGAAUUGUGGAAGACAUUCUCGGUUAUCCAUCGUUAAACUCUGAAGAAUUGGAGCAUACCGAUAGUGACUACAAACUUCAUCAAUCAACGCCAUCAAGUCGUCAUCAACGUACAAAUAGUUUACAGGCAAUUGAUCGACUUACAACAAAAAUUGCAUGUACCAAAGAAAGUAUAAGGAGAGAGCAGACUGCAAGAGAUGACAAUGUUAAUGAGUACCUGAAGUUAGCAGCUAGCGCUGACAAGACUCAACUCCAGAGAAUUAAAGCCGUAUUUGAAAAAAAGAAUCAGAAAAGCGCACAUAACAUUUCACAGCUUCAAAAGAAGCUGGAAUCAUACAAUAAAAGAUACAAGGAUUUAGAACAGCAGCAACUUAUGAAAGCACAACAACAAAAGGAUUAUCGACAACCACGAGAAGUGCUUCGAGAUGUUGGACAAGGUUUGAAGAAUGUUGGUGAAAAUAUUAGAGACGGCGUCACAACAGGUGUUGCUUCUGUUAUGUCAAAGCCACGAGAAUUCGCUCAUUUGAUUAAAAAUAAAUUCGGUAGUGCUGAUAACAUCAAUCAAAUGUCGUCAACCUCCUGGUAUACAACAGAUCAGGAUGGUCAGGGACAUAGACAAGGUGUUCUUAACUUAGAGAAUACUGCUGGUGACAAUGGACAAGUAACGCAAGGGCACAUCAGUUCAAAUAAUUUAGGCGGAGGUGGUGGUGGAAGCAGCGGGAAAUUCAGUGGAGAACAUGAUAGUGAAUGCAGUAGUGUGACAAGUGACAGUGCUCCUGGAGGACUCUUCCUAAAAUGUAAACAUACAGCAGGUAGCGGAAGUGGUGGAGCAGGAAACAAUUGCAACAAUAAAGAUGUUGAUAAAUCACAACAGCUGGCAAUUAAUUUGUUAGCUGAACUUUCUGAAUUUCGAGAGAGGAAAGAAGACUUCGAGAAAAUGAAACAAAAAAUUGAUAGACUAGAGGCAACACAAAAAGAGCUUGCUGAUUUAUCUUUAGCACUUGAAAGUGAACGUUAUCGUGCUGAAAGACUUGAAGGUCAAAUCAACGAUCUGACUGAGCUCCAUCAGAAUGAAAUUGAAAACCUUAAGCAAGCAAUGGCAGACAUGGAGGAAAAGGUUCAAUAUCAAAGUGACGAAAGAUUACGAGACGUUCAUGAGGUGCUUGAAAAUUGCCAAACAAGAAUUCAGAAAAUGGAGCAUCUUUCACAACAACAAUUCACUGUUGAAGGAAUUGACAAUUCAAAUGCACGUGCUUUAGUUGUAAAAUUAAUAAAUGUAGUUUUAACAAUACUCCAAGUCGUGCUUUUAUUGACAGCAACCGCUGCUGGAAUUCUUAUGCCGUUUCUCAAAACUAGAGUUCGUGUCCUUACAACCGUUCUUUCUGUAUUAUUUAUAAUAUUUGUCGUUCGAACGUGGCCUGACGUACGUGACAUUGGAUUUCAUAUGGUUCGUCGACUAAAAGAAACGCUAAUUGUGAAGUAAUUUCACACCCAUCCUGAACGUGAGAGGUCUCUGUUGUUCAUCCUCCUACGCAUUUUGUUUUUUAAACGUUUAAGUCAAUAAAUGAACUCGCAUUUCAUUUACUUUAUAUAUUUAUUUUUUUGCGAGAGCAACGAGAAACGCUUUCAGAAGUCAAUGCCAUUAAAAGUUAAUUAACCGAAAAGUGCGAACAAUAAAGAGCGGAAAGUGUUAAGCUUUUUGAAUCAUGAUAAUUAAUCAUUGCGUUAGAGGACAUGAAAGAAGCUUACUGUUGUAGUGAUGCGGUAUUUCACUUUUGAUAAUACGGGUUGGAUGAAAAAUGAUUAAAUUUUCAUGAAAAUUGAUUGACUUUAGCUUUCAACCAAAACGAAAUGAGAUAAAUUCCUUUUGUUUGAAAUAGCUCCAAUCAUUUGAUACUAAAUAGUUAGUAUUUCUACACAUCAUAAAUGUAAAUGGUGAAAUGGUUCUAAGAAAAAAAAAUGAAACAAUUACUUUCAACCUCCAAACACCUGUAGCAAUAGCGAUUACAAGCAUAAAUCCUUUGUAGAGGAAAAAAAGAUCUCAGCUUAUAUAUUUGAGGGCUCUGUUUAGCUUUUAGAGACAAACACGACAAAAGAUAUUUUUUUCGUUCAAUUUUUCGCUCCAAUCAACUUCAGGGUUUCUUUCUUCCGAAGAUGUCAAUUGAUUGAUUACAAAUCGAAAGUCAUUCCAAGAAACAAAAAAUAUAAAUAAAUAAAAAAUUUGGGGUCGUCGCUUGCGAAAUGUUAAAUGAUUGAAUAAAUUGUAAAAAAUAAGAAUGAUAAAGAAGAAUAAAAAUAGAAAUCAAGAAAAAUUUACACAUGUUUGAGAUGAAUGAAAUGAAAUUGAAACAAUAAUGGGAGGAAAUCGAAAGUUGAUGUUUCAAAAAAACAAAAAAUUGUUUUGUUUUUCCACAAAUUUAAAUUGAAUAAAAUUUUAGUAAACAUCUUUGAAGGAUUUAUUUGACGACUCCACAAAUCCAUUAAGCGAGAGAUGAAUCCAUUAAUGAUAAUAAAUUAUUGCCUCGACUAAAGUCGCAAAAAUUUAUUUAAGUUAUUGUAUGUUUGUCAUUUAGGCUACAAUUGAAAUGUGAUCAUGCUUUUUAGAGUUAUAGGAGAUGAGAGAGCAAAUAGUGACAUAAAUAGCCUAGAUUUGUAGAUAACUGCUUGAAUUGUUAAUUUUUCUUAGGAAAAAAAAGGAAAAGAGAAUUCUAGGUUUCUUAUAAACUUUUUUACUUACAUGACAUAAAUAAAAUUUCAAAAUUUUUAUCAACUCCAAAAAUUUAAACUGAAAAAACUUUCUGGUCAAGCUUUUGUAAGUUUUCUUUUUUCAAAUGUAAGCUUUUUAUUUUCUUAUCAUAAUAAUUUGUUUCUGCAAACUUUCAUAUUUUGUUUCAUAUUUUUUUUUCCGCUUAGAAAAGAAGAUAGAAUUAUAUAAGAGUUUGAAAAAGAAGCGACUCAGAUGUAUCAAUAAAUAAAUAUAAAUCGAAAAAUGAAUAGCUAAACAAAGAAAAAGUUUUUAAUUCUAGUGAUCAAUAUUAGAUGAAAGUUUUAUUUUAUUACAGAUUGUCUCCUGCAGGAAAGAAGGUAAUUGCUUUACAACUUAAUUUUGUUUCUGAGCAGUCAGCUAGAUUUGCAGCAUCUAAAUUUGUUUCAAA